AUGGAAGAAUUACUGGCGCCCGCUCGACCAGUUCGAAGAUCAACGGGAGUCAAGGUGAUUAAGGUGAUCAAAUGGCGUGGAGGUGACUCUUGGGGUCGAACUGGGAUGCACAGCGGAGACGCUGACCUGCAUGCCAUUCUCGGAGCUGCAGAGCGUAUCAAAUUUCACGUGAUUGCUCUGCAGGAGACCAAGUGCAGAAGAAGCGACGUACGACAGAUGAAUGGCGGUACACUUGUCGUUCGUGGAGAGGAAGUUCCGUCGCAAAAUGUAGGCAGUGUUGGUUUUGUUGUGCACCCAUCUGUCGUCCAUCUUGUCGAUUCUCACGAGAUCCUGUCACCUCGUCUGGGCAUUCUUCGCCUCCGCCCUCUGCGCCAAAAACCCAUCAGUAUCAUCAACUGCUACUCACCAACGUCAGCAGCUGAUGAAUCCGAAUUGGACGCGUUUUACGAGGAGCUGGAGGAAGUAAUCCGCAACGAGAAAUCCUUCUAA